CAAAGACGCCUACGGUCUCGCCACUCAAGAAACGUAUGUAGUUAUAUGCAAAAUUCUUUGGCCUACUAUUCCGGAUACCACCAAUAAUGUCACGGCGAUUUUUCACGGACUCUGCCCUGCCUCCUAGAAACAAUGUGGGCUACUUCACAAAGAUAGUCGCCAAACACCUCUUCCUUGAGGUUCCCAAACGGGCACUUUCCUCUUCUGAGGAAGAGUUUCUGGACGUCACCCUGGAAAGCAAUCACUGCGAGCUUGCAAAACCGGACAAAAAACGAAACACCAUUACGACGAGCCCCUAUGUAUAUACCGCGUUGCCUAACCCUACGGACGAUUGUAAAUACAUUCGCGUGAUAGAGCUGCUUCCUGGAACGCGGCAGGACGAUAUCGUAUGCCAGCUUCUGCAAGUAGAGCUGCGGAAGGGGUUGGAGUACGAGGCACUAUCUUAUGUCUGGGGAGAUAUUAGUCGGACAACGCCUAUUCAGGUGGACGAACUGACUUUGCAAAUCGGCGAAAGCUUGCGUUCAGCUCUAGUGGACCUUAGGCGCCCUACGGAGUCUCGCCUUUUAUGGGCGGACGCAAUCUGUAUUGAUCAAAGCAAUAUACACGAACGUGCGAAACAAGUCGGGAUCAUGGGUGACAUUUACACACAAGCUACACGCACAAUUGUUUGGCUCGGACCGUCCUAUGAGUAUGUCAACCUCGCCUUCGAUUGCAUCACAACUUUAGAAAGCGAAGCCCUGGCACGCCAGCAGUCCAUCGGAGAAGCUACCGCUUCAACAAAAUCUCCUUUAGAUGCUUCACGAACUAAAAAGGAACGUGAAGACUUGCGUCAUGGCUGCUAUAUCCUCGGAGAAUUGGCUCAGGUGGAUUGGUGGACACGUGCUUGGGUUGUGCAGGAAGUAUGUCUCGCGUCUGAAAAGAUCAUCAUGUGCGGCCUAUAUCAAGUGGAUUGGAAGCGUUUCAUGAAUGCUGUAGAAUACGGAACACUCGAGGACAAAUUCGACUCCAGGAUAGCUGGGAUCCGCGAUGAUUGCUUGGAAGGUCUUCAAUCCAUCAAAGAACUUGAGGAUAAGCCAUUGGAGGGUAACAUAGCAGGGCAAUUGCUUCGAUUACUGACGACCCUGAGACCCAGAUUGGCAACAAAUCCUCGCGAUAAGGUCUUUGCAAUUAUGGGGCUGCUGAAGGGCAAUCGUCAGGAUCUGCAUAUUGUAGUAGACUAUACCGCUUCCGUCAAUAAGGUCUACCGUGCAACGGCAGUUGAAAUUAUACGAGUGACCAAUAAUCUCGACAUCUUCAGCCAUUGCAUCCACAAUGACGCUCCAAGCGACGAGGAAGCUUGCUUGCCUUCUUGGGUCCCCGAUUGGAGCAGCUCAGAAACAAUGUAUAUGCCAUUGAUACGAAACGGCUUUGACGAGUUACGGCGUUAUGAAGCUUCCUUGGGCUCGACAGCGCGUGCUCAAUUCUAUCAUGAGCCAGAUGUCGUGGGUGUGACUGGUCAGCUUUUAGAUGUCAUUGCUGAAUACAGCGAUUUGCUUAUUAUACCCGAUGACGCUGAUUGGAGUUAUACAUCGGAGGAGGAUCCUUCGUUGGGGAGAAUUUUCCUCGAAAUAGGCUGCGAGCUCUGGAAGGUAUACAAGUUAUUACUUGGUGUGGUUGAUUUCUUCAACGUGUUCCUCACGUGGGAGACUUUUGCUGAUCGCCAGCCGUGUUACAUUUAUGGCACACAAGACGCACAGCCAUCCAAGAAAAUGUUUUGGCAAACGCUUUGCACAGGGCUGCUUGACCCCGAAGGUGAAGAGAAAAUCGAAAGAUUGUUCCGUGAAUGGCGCUCCCAAUUGUCACCUAUCAGCGGCCUUAGGAGAAUGAAGGUAUCGAAAUUUCCAACCUUGUUCAAAACUCUAGGUUUGAUGGGUUACUUUUGGGCGACCUGGAAGAGUUAUGGGGCUUUUAGCGAAAUGAUUCCUCAUACCAAAGGAAGAAGACUUGGAAGAACCAAAUCAGGUUGGCUUUGCUUACUACCAGCGCAUGUCAAGGCUGGCGAUAAAUUGAUCCUGCUUAAAGGGGCGGCUGUGCCGUUUAUCGUCAGACAGAGGAACGAUGGAUAUUGGUUCCUUGUUGGUGACGCUUAUGUUCAUGGGAUUAUGCACGGGCAGGCGUAUGAUGAUGAUGCUGGCAUGUUACUAAAACUUAAGUAGGCCAAUAAUUUCUCAAUACAAUAUAGUUGAUGACUGAAC